AUGUUAUCAGGAAUAAUUCAGCAUGAAGAAAUUACAACAAUUUUUGUUAUCAAUAUUCUAUGUAGUAGUAUGGUUACUUGCAUAGAUUUUUCUAAAAUUGUUAAUUGGGAAAAGCGUACAUUAACAUGUUUUGGUAAUGAUAUUCAAAAUGGUGCUAAUUAUAAAUCAAUUUGUAAAUUAACAAUCGCUGAUAGCACAAAACUUAUUGAAACUGAUUGUUAUGAUGAAGAAUAUACGGAGCAAUUAUUUGGUGAAACAAAAAAAAACAGUAAUAAAAUUUCAUCAAAACGUAUUCGAACUAUUUGUAAUAUACAAUGCAAAGGUGCUGAUCGUGAUUCGGUUAUUUCAAAAAUUCCAAAUUCAAUUCACGAAUGUGUCCGAUGGCAUAAUUAUAAUACUUUAAAAAAAGAUGAUCAAUGGUACAUGUGGAGAUCAGGCAAAUGUCGCAAUGUAACGAUAACAUUUGAAGUACAUUGUGGUUUUCCAACACAUAAUCCAAAUGAAUUUAAUAUUUUGGCUCAAAAUAAUAUUAGUCUUUCAACAAAAAUUCAUUUAUAA